CCAAACGUCCGGGGGCGGGCGCUUCCCGCCCCCUAGUCUAGUUCGUUAUAGUUCGGAUCUCGCCUCCGGCUACAGGGUCUCCGGGCAAGCCUUUGAGUCCCUCGGGGCUUCAGUUUUCCCUUCAGCCAAAUGGGGAUAGUAGAGACCCCGGCAGUGAUUGGGAAGGCCAAGUUACUCCAAGAAGCUUCUAUUAGAUGCAUGCUGGGUGCCGGGCCUUGUGCGGAGACUGGGCAUCCGAAGAGGGACAAAAGCCUGUCCUCGUCUCCCCAGGAGCUUAGAGGCCAGCGGGGAGACGAAGUGCGGACAAAUGGGUGCCAACAAGUUACGGAGAGACGGGGAAAAGGCUUGAAGGGAAAAGACAGGGCUGCCCUGGAUGGGAACCGCCAGGAGAUGGGGAGGUUUUGAGCUCCAUAAUGCGACCAGGGUUCAGCGGUCGGCUGGAGACAAAUAUCUGUCCCCUACCCCGAGGCGCGCUUUACAAGUACUCGGCUGCGUGCGCGCGUCCCUAAGGGCUUCCUCGAAAGGCGCAGGCGUACACGAGGCCGGCGGGCUGUCCCAGACGGCGCAGGCGCGCACGAACAAGUGUCCCCGAACAGCGCAUGCUCGCCCGGUUCAGAACCCUGCGGCCCUGAGCUUCUCGCCGCUGCUCACCUGCUGUUCCGUGUGCUUGCUCAUUCGCCUUCUUCGUGCUUUGGGACCAUGCCCGAGAAGGAAUUACCCGGUCCCGAGCCCGCCUCCAAAACUCGAGGCGCCGGCUACCGGAGAGAGGCGCCGCCGUUCGCUGGUGAGACCAGACAGAUCCCAACUCCAGUCCCUGUGAUCCGCCUUCCCCGAGGCCCAGAUGGCACCAGCCGGGGCUUCAGUGCUGUCCGGGGCCAGGACAGGGCUGGUUCAUUGGCAGAGGUGGCUGAGCAACGGGUACGAGCUGCCCUUCGGGAGCGCUAUCUCCGGAGCAUCCUUGCCAUGGUGGGGCGUCCUGUCCACUUUACCCUGCAUGAGCGUGUCCAGGUGGAUGCCCAGUUUGGGGCCACUGACCUUGACGUGGCCAACUUCCAUGUGUCUCAGCUGCAGACACCCCUUGGGGUGCAGGGGGAGGCCCUGCUACGCUGUGCUGACAUCAUCUCUUACUCUUUCCAGCUGUGAGCCUCCUUCCCCCCCCCCCCCCCCUUCCUGGCAUCCCCUCACUCAAGCUGAGCCCUCUGACUGCAGACCUCUCUUGUAAACAAAGAACCCUGAAGACCAGAGAGGGAGGCUGGUCCCAACCUGGGAUGCAAGGACUGCAGUAGCCCCAUGGCUCAGACACUGGAGGAUACCAGUGACAACUGGGAGGAAUCUUCCCAGCUCCGAGGCCCCGCCCCCCCCCCCCCCCCCGCUGGUGCGAGGAGGAGGAGGAGGCCUUGACAGGACUGAGGCUUCAGGGGAAUGAACUGGAGUCCAUCACCCCUUUGAGGGGACCACCAAUAAAGCCGUCCCUAGCCACUGA